UAGAGAUCAGGAGUAAUACCUCAAAUGCCACAGAUUGCCGCACAUCCGCUUGCCACCCAAAACGAAGGCGAGCAAUCUCGAAAUGGCCGAUGCCAAAGGAGUCAGCAAUCGGAAUCGCAGUGACCCAGAGGCCAAGACGGAGCGAUACACCUCGGAUGGCCAGAUUCCCAGGUGCCGAAAGACCCGAUUCUUCGUCGUACUGAUGCUCUUCACGGGAAUGGCCAAUGCCUAUGUGAUGCGCACAAAUAUGUCGGUGGCGAUUGUUGCCAUGGUCAACCACACGGCCAUCUCGGAUGCCAAGCCGUCGACCCAGUCGAAUGAACGGGACGGCGACUUCGAGUGGAGCCACAAGCUGCAGGGCUACAUCCUCUCCAGCUUCUUCUACGGCUAUGUUAUCACCCAAAUACCCUUUGGCCUGAUGAUCAAGUACUACGGCGCACGGCACUUCCUCGGCUGGGGCAUGAUGGUCAACUCGCUGGCCGCCUUCUUCAUACCGAUCUCGGCGAGAUCGGGUGGCGCCGUCGCCCUGUGCGUGGUGCGCUUUAUCCAGGGCCUGGGCGAGGGACCCAUUGUGCCCUGCUCCCACUCCCUGCUGGCCCAGUGGGUUCCGCCGGACGAGAGAUCGCUGGCCGGUGCAGCGGUCUACGCGGGCGCCCAGUUCGGCACCAUAGUGUCGAUGCCAUUGAGUGGCCUGCUGGCCCACUACGGUUUCGAUGGCGGCUGGCCGUCGAUCUUCUACGUCUUCGGGCUGAUCAGCGCCAUCUGGUGCGUCGUCUUCAUCUGGCUGGUGCAGGAGAGUCCGGCCGUGAGCACCCGCAUCUCGGAGGCGGAGCGGCGGCACAUCAUCGAGGCCAUUUGGCAGGCGCAGCCGCAGCCGGAGGAAAGGGGCGGAACUCCAUUUCCGGGCAUUGCCAAAUCGCCACCCUUCUAUGCCAUUCUGGUGGCCCAUGCCGGGCAGAACUACGGCUACGAAACGCUGAUGACCAUGCUGCCCACCUACAUGUACAGAGUUCUCGAUGUGAGCAUCCGGGCGAACGGAAUGAUAUCCUCGCUGCCCUACCUGGCCAUGUGGAUUCUGGCCAUUGUGUUUGGCGUCGUGGCGGAUUGCCUCAUCCGCAGGAGCUGCUCCAUCACCGCUGUCCGCAAGCUGAUGAACAGUCUGGGCCAGUACGGACCAGCCUUGGCCCUAAUCUGCGUUGGCUUUGUGCAGCACAGCCUCUGGCUGACCUGUGUGAUUUUCAUCAUGGGCAUGGGACUCAACGGCGCCAUCUACAGUGGCUUCAAGAUCAAUCACCUGGACCUGUCGCCGCGCUUCGCCGGCCUGCUAAUCUCCAUAACGAAUUGCGUGGCCAACUUGGUGGGUCUGCUGGCGCCCAUGGUGGCCGGUCAUGUGAUCGAUCCCAGGCCCAGCGUCGAGAACUGGAGGAUUGUGUUUUAUAUAGCCGCCGGCAUAUUUAUUUUCACCGCCAGCUUCUACAACGUAUUUGCCAGCGGCAAGCUGCAAUGGUAAACGCGUUAAUAAACUCGUUAGGAAGCGGACGAAAUGUUGGACAAAAAGUCACAUGUAGUAAUCCAAACCAGAACAGACAAUCUGCUGCAGAAUAGCCACAGACAUAGAAACUGAAACUGAAACUAAAACCGAACGGCGGCCAUCGGGACAUCAAUCAAAUGGCCGCAUGUCCUUUGGCCUGGUCGGCCAUUUAAUUUCGCAUUUGUGCCAUUUAUUUUAUGGCACAUUUCUGGUCCUAAUUAGCAGGGAGCGGAUGGUCACUUGUCCUCGUCAUGGUUUUGGCCAAACAUUCGCCAGCAAACCUAAAAUUGUCAGGCCAUCAACAGGGCGCUUGUAAAUGAACAAUGAUUUAUACGAAACUCGGACAUUUUUGGCUCGUGUUUGGCAGCAACAUCAAAUGCCU